AUGGUCACCCAGGUAGUCAGAGAUGAUCUAGAAUUCCUUCCUUUGUUGAGUAUGGGAUUCUUUCCUUGUAUUGGCCACCCCCAGGUGAAUGGGGAUGAACCCAAAAUCUCUCUCUGGAUAACACAGCCUGGGAAAAGUUUACAGAAUAAAAUUCAGUUUAGGACUAUUGCCCCCAAAAUUACACCUAAUGUCCUAACAUCCCCACUACUGCCCUAUCACUCACCAUCACUCACUGAUCAAGUUCAACCCACAUCCUCAGCAAAUUCUAGGCCUCUGGUAAUGCCACCACAAAACUAUGCCCUGAUGCAAGUUGCUGGGCAGGAGGGAACCUUCUCUCUGGUUGCUUUGCCCCAUGUUACCCCAGCAGUGACAACCCAGCCUGUCCAGAAGCCAAAAACUUCAUUGCCCCAAAACCUUAAAUUGCCUAUUCCUCGGUACCAACCUGCAAGAAAUAAGAAGCUAUCAGAAGUGGAAACUCUCCCCAACUCUUCUGUGAGUGUCAUUAGGAAGGUUCCAACCAACACACAAACAUGCGCCCAGCCAUCACCAUUAGUAGCCAGCCGUUCUGAACUUCCCACUCCCAUUGAUCCAUCUGAACAUGUGAUAUUAAUAGACCAGGUGCCAGCUGAAAUCACAGUGACUGCUUUGCUCAAUGAAAGCAGCCGUUUAGAAUCCGGACCUGAGGCAGGUGAUACCGUUGUGAUUCCAAAACCGUGGGGACCAGAGGAACCUUCGGCUGAGCUGGGUAAUGCAGUGAAAACCAAUUUAGAUACAAAGACAAUAGCCAGUAAACCUGCCCUUGGUGGUGAAGAAAUCAAGGAAACAGUAGCUGAUUCUGCAAAAGCCAUUACUGUUCUGUCCCCAGCAAUUUUUGGCAAUGCAGUCCAGCUGAUUCCUCCAGCACCUAAAGGGAAACUUCCAAUCUUACCUUAUUCAAGAAUGAAAACAGCAAUGUUCUGUAAAACCAAGCCAAGCUCUGGCAUUGUGGGGCCUGCUUCUCUAUGGCAUAGGUCUGACAAAGUCACAUCAUUUGCAAAAACCUUCAGUGUGUCCACCAGGACCUCGGAGAAGCUCUUUGCCGUUUCCCUCACCCAAGUGUCUAAGCCGGGUGUCUGUGAAGAUGCCUUUUGCUCAGCCACAAAGGUGGAAAUUGACAACAAAAUGAAAUUGAAUGGUGGGGCAGCCAAGAGAAGAGGGCGAAGACGGAAGAUCCCGGAUGACAUUUUGGCUUUUCGGAGAAAGUGUGUCCUUGACCCACAGGAGCUCAGAGACAGAAAACCUGGGACUGUGAAAAAGUACCGGAGCAUCAUGCCCAAGCCUGCCGUUGUCAUGCAAACAGUGGCUCCACUGACCUCCCCGGCACCUCUGAUACAAACUAAAUCUCCCGACUGCCUGGACCAAGACGUCUUGUUAAAUAAUUCCCUUCCACGUAAGUGUCUCAGCUCGAAACAGAGUGAUAGUGCUUCCACUAAACCCGGGAGCGGGUGCAAGAAUGGCUUUUCUGCUACAAAAAAAUCUUGGCACAGAUGCCACAUCUGCAACCACCACUUUCAAUUUAAACACCAUCUUCAAGACCAUAUGAACACACACACCAACAGACGGCCAUACAGUUGCCGGAUCUGCCGUAAGGCGUAUGUGCACUCUGGAAGUCUCAGCACCCACAUGAAGCUUCAACACAGUGAGAAUCGCCUCAAGAAGCUCAUGUACUGUGAAUUCUGUGCCAAAGUGUUUGGUCACAUAAGGGUCUAUUUUGGACACCUGAAAGAAGUGCAUAGGGUUGUGAUCAGCACCGAACCUUCCACCAGCGAAUUGCCACAGGGAAAAGGGCCAAAGAACAGAGACAUAGGUAUAAAAGGAGCAGAAGAAUCAGUUGAGAGAGAAAAUAGAUCAGAUAUCGAGGAGAACCUCUUUCCAGGACAAGCCAAUGAAGUCAAAUUGGACAUCAAAUGUGGCCGCUGUCAGGUCACUGCUCAGUCUUUCUCUGAGAUGAAGUUUCAUUUAUUAUAUGUUCAUGGAGAGGACAUUCAAGGAAAACUGAAGGAAGGAAUCUUACCAGGCAGCAAAGGAACCCAGGAAGAAGUGGUGAAGCGAGCUGCUCAUUACUGGAAACAGCACAGUGAGAGGAGAAAUCUGGCGAAGAGAGACAAUUUGGAGGAGGAAUUGUAUACAUUUCCCAUACAGCUCAAAAGGGAAAUUUACCUUCUCCAUCAGAAAAACUUGGACAUAUUAACCAAGAGUGAGGAAGCUCCAUUGGAAGCCAGUGAAUCAGGAAAGCCUCUACCAAGCCCAGACUGUGGCACACCAUACAAGAUUCAGGUUUGGUCUAAUCUGGGCUUUAACUGUCUGCUUUGUAAGCAGACACUUGGAAGUAAAGAAGAACUUUUUCUACAUUGGGAACAGCAGCACAAUUGUGAAGACCCUUCUGUACUCUGGGCUCUUCUAAAUGCAUUGUCUUCACAGGGAGUAAUUGAACUUUCUAACGAGGCUGAAAAAUGAAACACUGAGGCAGAAAACACAAUCACAAGAAGUUUUUGUUCUGCCCUUCCCAACAGAAUUUAAUAUAUACCUGUGUCUCUUAAUUAUAAAUUUAA